AUGAGUUCCAACCUCGUUCCACCACUCUGGUCCCUGGCUGCCAUUCUUUCUUUCAUUCCAGCAUGUUCCGCCGCAGAAUUUGGUGAUGAUUUUGCCAAUAACCUAUUCACAGACUUGGCACCACUUAUCGCCCUUUUUGGAGAGAGAGUCACUAUGCAGUAUACGAUGAGCCUGGCCUCAGGCUGGGCUGAGAGUUUUACUCUUGCGAUGGCGCCCCUCGGAAUCCUCACGAUUAUUGUUAGUGCUAUUAGAGUUAGAGGGCUAUCUUGGCUGAAAGCUAUUAUCGGUAGAGCCAGAGAAAACUUGGCUGCUGCCGAGAUCGAGCUGAUGUGUUCAACUUCCGUGGAUGUCUGUGAGCUAUGGAAUGGCUCUGAAAUUGUCCGGAGCCUUGGGUCACCUCCCAGUGCGGGAGUUUAUUCUUCUGAUACCCAAAAACCGUGCUACUGGAAGUUUCGACUUUGA